UUUAACAUAACUAAUUUAAUGGCAAAGCAAAGGCACGAAACUAUGGCAUUGUUUACCUUCACAACCAUGGCAGAAACGACAGAGGACGGUCGAAUCGACACGGAUAAAAAACAACUUGUUGAACUCUUGGAGGACUUGAAACGCUCCAAUGCAGCGCAACAAGCAGAAAUCGAUCUAUCUGAGCGAUAUAUUAAUCGACUGGACCCACAAACUCAUUCGGAGUCUUUUGAAACAGCAUCACAGCUGGAAAUGGCAACUAGUCCAGGAAGGAAAACCAAAGUACACACUCCAGAGAGACAACAGCUCCUGACACUGGAACAGAAAUGUGAUGUCGCCCAAAGCGUGCAUAAACAGAUUACAGAAGAUUUGAAGAAAGCAAAAGAGCAUUCAGAAAGAGAGCUGGACAAUUACAAGGCAAUUCUGGAAGAAGCUGAUAUCCACUUGGCAGAGGUUAAAAAAGAAUGUUGCCAGUUUGAUUGGGACAUCGGUAAAGCACUGCGAGACAAAAAGGGUGUGACGAUGAGUGCUGAGAAGGUCAGCAGAUACUUUGAGGAUAAAAUAAGGGCAAAGGAGAACCUGAUUGAGAAGUUGUAUCAGAAGAAUGCAGCACUCCUCUCAUACAAGAAAAAACUACAAAUCCAGUUGAAACAACAAGAGGAGAUGGGUGAAGGGCUGACGGCUAUGGACUUUGAGCAGCUCAAGUUUGUGAAUAUGAAAUGUAGGAAGCAGCUGGAUGAGCAAAACCUCAAACAUAUGGAACUCAAACUGCUUGCAGGGAAGACCUUGCAUUUGUUGAAUUCUGAGAAGGAGAAGCUUCAGACAUUGACACACGAGUCAGAUGUGCUGAACAGUGACAUUGCUUUACGAAUGAACCUACUGGUUAAGAUUGAGGAGGAGACUAAACAAGCAGAGGAGGAACGAAACAAAGCAGAGGCUCUGAACAGGAAGUUGAGGGGCCAGUUGGACGAUUUUCACGUACCACAUGUCCUACAAUACAUCAAAGUUAAGGAGUCUCAUGGCCAGCUGCAGAAGAGUGUUAAAGAUUGGGAACGCAAGGUGGAGAUUGCAAAGAUGGCAUUAAAAACACACACAAAAUCCUGGGCCAAGCUUCGGAUCGCUGCUGGAGCCAGACCAGUUCCUGCACAACAUGCAGCUAUAGAUGCAGGAUUGUAUGGGUUCUGAAACAACUAGAACUAUGUCCUAAAUAACAUCAGUGCCCAGGAUGAUGUCAAAGAUGCCCAUAUAUUUAGCAUCUUUUGCUAAA